AUGAACAGCGUACUCAUCCAAGCCUUUGCCCCUUUUCAGACUCUGACCCUCUCAGCCCCGGAGUCAGCGAAAAUAUCGGAUCUUCUCCCCUUAAUUCACGAAAAAUACCCUGCCUUUCCCACUUCCCUAACAUCGUCGGUCCUCUUCUCAACCCAUUCGGGCCAGGUACCCCCUGCCGAUUCACUCGUCUCGGACCUCAAAUCGCUUGAUGCCUCUGAUGAACUUGUCACGCUAAGGCUUUCGCCGCGUGUUCUUGGUGGAAAGGGAGGUUUUGGAAGUCAGCUGAGGGCCGCUGGAGGUCGCAUGAGCAGUCAGAAGACAAACAACAAUGAUUCUUGUCGUGACCUCACUGGGCGGAGACUGAGCACAAUCAAAGAGGCUAAGAAAUUGGCUGAAUACAUUGAAUCAGAACCCGCGCGUCUUGCAGCCAAGGCCGAAGCUCAGAGAUUGAAAUUGGAGAACCUUGAACGCAAGCUAGGAAUUGAAAAAUCUGCCUCUUCGUCAAAAUCUAACGACCCAAAUGCCCCCGCUGAAGUACUUGCCGGGAAGAAGCAUCGCUUCGAUGAUACGGAGUAUUUGGAAAAGUCCCAGGAGCUCAAAGACAACGUCAAGAAUGCUGUGUCUGCUGCUCUUUUGAAGAAGAAGAAGAAGGCUAAGCUAUCACACCCACCUGCCGAGGACUCGAAAGAGAAAGGCAAAGAGAAGGAGAAAGUUGUAGCAGAGAAGGAGACGGCCAAAGCUACUAUGCUCAGUGCCACCCCCCUCAAUCCCGUCCCUGCCGCUGUUGCAUUGGACGCCGUGGGUGCAUGA